UGUGUAGAUUUUGAACUGUUGUUGCCGAGCAGCAAGAAGCGGCGAGUACGUGCAAAUAUUAGGGUUAAACAGGAAUAUGUCCAGUGACCUUGUGGCCACCUGGGAGGUCGCUCUAAGUGAUGGGGUGCACUCGAUUGAAUUUGAACAUGGGACUACCACGGGCAAGAGAGUCAUCCGCGUUGAUGGGAAGGAAAUUCAUCGAGAAGACUGGAUGUUCAAACUGGUUGGCAAGGAAACGUUCCAAGUUGGCAAGGCCAAGUGUGAAAUCGCCAUCGAAGCAGUCAGUGGAUUUGCCUAUGAGUACACCUUGCAGGUUAAUGGCAAGAGUUUGCAGAAGUUCCGUGAGAACCAGAGGAAGAUCACGCAGUCCUGGAUACUCCACAUAGGGGACAACCCAAUCAGGGUCACCAUGGAAAAGGACACAGUUGAUGUAUGGGUGAACGGAGACAAAGUCAACACAGCAGCCGAGUUUGUUGAUGAUGGGACCGAAACCCACUUUGAGAUUGGUGCUCAUUCUGCCUACAUCAAAAUCUGCAGCAGUGGCAAGCGUCGGAGUGGUCUGGUGCACCAGCUGUUUGUUGAUGAUGUGGAGAUACCCACCGUUAGUGACUGAAGAGGGAGGAGGGUAUCCAUCACAGGAAGGGAUAAUCAAAACACUUCACCUCAUUUCAUACAGAGAUAUGAUUGCUUGUGGAAUAAUUGUAGAACUGAGCCGAGCACAUGUGAAUGUUUUGUGUGAUCUUUUAUUAGAAAUAUCAUGGCAUUAACAUACCUCAGUUGUCUGACAAAAUACAUUAGAAGGUAUAUUUAUUGGUCAACAAUUUUAGAGACUAAGACAUUAAUGUGUUUAUUUUCUAUUUUUCGUUACUUGAAUAGAUCGAAUAGAGCUCGCCUGGAGCAGACUGAGUGAAAGGCAUCAUUCAGACGAGUAUGACUGUCCUCUUUUUAUCACAGUAACCAAAUAUUAGUUGUUGUCUUAUGGAAAGAGGAACAGAUCAGAGCGAGAAGAAAAACUUCUAGAAAGUCUUACAUUUUCAGUAAUUUUAAUGUUCAAAUGUAUCCAGUCUCAUUAAAGUCACAUCUUAGUUCUCUCUAUCGCUAAACAAAGAUCUGAGGAUAUCCCAUUACAGGUCACGUCAGAACGACCUUUCAUCCGGCCAAUCAAAGCGUCGCUGACCAGAUCAUGAAAGUGACACAGUCGGAAUGUGUUUUCUAAUCAUGCAUCCUCGAAAACGUUAACACGGGGUAUUCCGAACGACAGUUACGGUCCGUACAACGGAUUCUGUCAAAAUCAUCUUCUCUCUCUCGCUUCCGUGGGAUAAACAUUUGAACAGAAGAGGUGUUGCACAGUACUUUGGAAGCACUGCCAUGCAACCUCAGUCAUAUAUUAGACAUUCCAGAAUGUUUGUUUGUUUGGAAGUCGCCAGGUUGAAAUGAGCGUCGAGCUCGAAAAAGCUGCUUUUUAAUUGGCUGAUGUCGACUUCUCGUUAGUAAUUACAGUGGUCGGUCAAAGUUUGCGAAAGGUCGUUCUGACAUGACCCGUAAUGGGAUGUCCUCAGAUCUUUGUUUAGCGGCAGCAAGAACUUAGGUCUGAUUUUAGUGAGAUUGAAAUGCAUCAACGAUAAAGAAGUACCAAAUGGCAAGCGCUCUUUACUGUUCCUGUUCCCUUCUAAUUCUUUUCACAAACUGUUUUUAAGUUUAUGCUUGUCAUAUUUUCUUUCCCAGAAUCAGAUCAUAGUGAUUCUCCUUUUGUCAGGUUUUUCAUAAAUCAGGUUCUUUUGCCUUUGGGAGAAACAGUUACGUUUCAGAGACUGGUAUGGCAAUGGUAAGAUGAUGUAUGCAUAAAUCCUGGAUAUGUGUUCUAGCAUGUUCUAUCUCAGUGCUUGGCAUCUGGAAGAUUGUAACAAUAUAGCAUUGCAUACUGUUCCAUACUUUACCGUCCAUGUAUAGAGACUUGACAUGUUACAAUAAUAAGCCUUAACAAUUUAAGGACUUGAGGCUCUGUAAUUUUGUCAACAAUAUAUAUCAUGAUAUAUUUAGCAUUUUUGCCUUUUAUCUAUUAAUUGACAAAAUAUUUAAUGUAAUUAGAAAAUGAGUAUCACAUUUGUAGUUGAACGAAGUAGUAAUUUAAAGUCUAUUCAACCACCAUCCUCCAUCCUCCACCAGCCACCUUAGUGAGUGAGUUGGGUUUAACGCCGCUUUUAACAGUAGUCC